CAUCCCAAGCGGUCCUCGGUAUCGGUCCUCUUUGAUCGGUCGUACAUUGGUUUCUCCAUCCUUCGUUCUCUUCGUUUCGCGUAUUACGAGCUUUCGUCGCAAGUCGUGUAAUAAUAAGAGAUCGUCAGAUCGUCAUCGUCUCUUCUGGAGUCUCCCGAAAAGGAACUGGAUUUUUAUUAUAUUCGUUUUCUUUAUGGGUUCUAAUCGAGAGACCGAGGGCGCGUUAUUUGCUCGACAUCGACAUCGGGGAAAUAGUGCGACGCGCGGGAUUCUGUAAUGGCACAUCUCCGAACGCGAGUCGGGCAGUCGUUUACGCGAGACGUCGACGUCGAUGUCGCACGAUUGACACGACGCGUGUUCUACUACCUGCACGUCGGGAUGCGGGAUAUCGUUACCGGACGGGAUAUUAUUUUGUCGGCGUAUCACCGUAAACGGAUAACAUUCUGAUACAGGGUUAACGUCUGUUGAGCGAUUUUCACGCGACGCGACCGCUCUAAUUUUCGAUCGUUCUCUGAAGAAUCAGUAAGCUGACCCGCGAGUACAGAAUAACUCAUUUUUUGUUGCAAAAAGAAAAAUACUGAUUGUAUGAAAAAAAGACUCGCGUCGAACGAACUACUUUAUUUUGAUCAAUCGCGAUUAAUAAAUAAUUGUGAUAAUUUGAGAAGCACCGACUAUCGUUCAUCUUCAGUGUGGGUUCGCGACUAAUAGUGUAACGAGUGACAGAGUCUCCGAGUGACACAUUCUCAAGACUUUCGAGUCGCGUGUAAGAAACUCGCGACCUGGUGACGUGACGUGUAAUGAUCAGGAGACAGAGAGGCGGUACAGAAACCGAGCCCAGGCAAAGACGAGUCGGUUAAAGAUGCGUGGGCUCAAUGUCGGUCGGCAUGAGGAUCCCGGCGGAAGAAGAACUCUGUCGUUGGCCCAUUACUGCCUGCUAUUACUGCCGGUGUACCACGUGCUCGCUGUAACCAGCGAGCUGCCGCCGAGGCUCGAUUUGCCGGAUCACUGUACAUGGGAUUCCGGCCAGGAUGGCUCCCUCACCUGCGUGCAUCGUUAUCCCGCCGGGAACAACGAUUCGCUCAGGACCAACUUUUCCCAGGCCACGAGCGAAUACGUGACCGCCAUGAACGUGGUCUGCGUCGGUCCCGAGGAUCUUGAGGAAGACCACGGAAGUCAUCUCAACGGCGUUUUCAGCGUCGACAGCUUUCUCCACCUGUGGCGACUGCGAUCGUUAAAGUUGACCGGAUGCAAGCUGGCGCACUGGCCGGCCAAGUUGCUCAGCGGUCUCCGAGAUCUACGUAAUCUGACCGUUAGAACGUUGAACGAGCACAAGACCAAGUACAGUCUGGAACUCGAGAGCGGCGCGUUCGACAACACGCCACAGAUCGAAAAACUCGACCUGUCGUGGAACAACAUCUGGCAGAUACCGGACCGCUUGUUUUGCCCGUUAUCAAACUUGGUCACUCUCAACAUUUCGUGGAACACGCUGAAGGACAUAUCGGAGCUCGGAUUUUGCGAUGUCGGCGAGAAACUGUCGAGACGUCAGCAGGAAUCCACGUCGACGCCGUUCACGUGUUCCCUCGACGUGCAGUCGCUGGACGUGUCUAACAAUCAGAUCUUGGUGCUGCCGGCUUACGGAUUCUCGUCGUUAAAACGGCUCAGAGUAUUGAAUUUGUCUAGCAACGCGAUCUCCAAGGUAGCCGACGAAGCUCUGCACGGGCUCAGAUCCUUGGAGAGUCUCGACCUGUCCGGCAACAAGAUCGUCGCUCUGCCGAAGGAGAUGUUUCGGGACGCGACCAAGUCGCUGAAGGAACUGAGAUUGCAAAACAAUUCCAUCAGCAUGAUGUCGCCGGGCUUGUUGGCUAACAUGAAUCAACUGGUCGCUCUUGACUUGUCGAGGAACGUCCUGACGAGUUCCUGGCUGAACUCGUCGACCUUCUCCGGUCUGAUACGCCUCGUGCUCCUCAACCUGUCUCACAAUCGAAUCAGCAAGCUGGAUCCAGCACUCUUCAAGGAUCUUUACACUCUGCAGAUUUUAAAUCUCCGGUUCAACGAAAUAGAAACGAUCUCGGCCGACACAUUUUCGCCGAUGAGCAAUCUGCACACUCUUGAACUUGCUCACAAUCGGUUGACUUAUCUCGACGCUUACUCUCUGAACGGAUUAUUCGCGCUCUCCUUGCUGGCCUUGGAUUCAAACAUGCUCGAGGGAAUUCAUCCGGACGCCUUUCGAAACUGUUCGAGCAUGUUGGAUUUAAAUCUGUCCGGCAACAAUCUCGAGAGCAUACCGGUGGCGUUAAAAGACAUGAGGAUACUGCGAACCCUCGAUCUGGGCGAGAAUCAAAUCAGGAGCCUCAACAAACCCGGUUUCCGAGGAAUGUCAAGUCUUUACGGACUGAGAAUGAUCGGUAACGAGAUUACCAACGUCACGCAGGAUGAUCUGGUAGAAUUGCCGGCGUUGCAGAUUUUAAAUCUGGCCAGGAACAGAAUCGAAUACGUCGAGGACGGGGCGUUCACGUCGAAUCCAGCGCUUCAGGCCAUUCGACUGGACUCGAAUUUGUUGCAAGACAUGUCCGGCAUCUUUGCCAGCGCGCCCGGCCUCCUGUGGCUCAACAUAUCCGACAACAUGAUCGCGCAGUUUGAUUACAGCUACCUGCCUGAGAAAUUGCAGUGGAUGGAUCUGCAUAAAAAUCUUAUCGCCGAUCUCGGCGUCGCGCCACGAAGUGUGAAACUGCAGACUCUGGACGUGUCGUUUAAUCGGUUGACGAAAAUUAACUCGCGCUCAAUCCCGGAUUCCAUCGAGCUACUGUUCAUAAACGAUAAUCUUAUAUCAUCCGUGGAACCGCAGACCUUCUUCACUAAGAUGAAUCUUACUCGAGUGGAUCUCUACGCGAAUCUGAUCGUCAAGAUGAACCUCUCGGCGCUUCAGCUUACUCAGGUGUCUCCUAAUCGGCAACUUCCGGAAUUCUACAUCGGUGGAAAUCCCUUCAUAUGCGACUGCACCACGGAGUGGUUGCAGAGGAUCAAUUCGUUGUCGAUGGAACAGCACCCGAAAGUGAUGGAUCUCGAGUCCGUUUACUGUAGAUUACCCUACGAUCGUCACAAGUCGUUUAUACCUCUGCUCGAGGCCAAGCCGUCGCAAUUCCUGUGUACUUACAAGGCUCACUGCUUCGCCCUCUGCCACUGCUGUGAUUUCGACGCCUGCGAUUGCGAGAUGACGUGUCCGAUGAAUUGUACGUGUUAUCACGAUCAAUCUUGGUCAGCGAACGUCGUCGAUUGUUCCAGCUCGGGUUACAAAACUCUACCCGGUCGCUUGCCAAUGGACGCGACGGAAGUUUAUCUCGACGGUAAUAAUUUCGGAGAAUUAAACUCGCACUCGUUCAUCGGCCGGAAGAAUCUGCGGAUCCUCUACGCAAACGAUAGUAACAUCAUCGCGAUCCGCAAUCACACCUUCAGCGGUCUGAAGAGGCUGCUGGUGCUUCAUCUCGAGAACAACAAGAUAAGCGCGCUCAACGGCAUGGAGCUGAUGCCGUUGGAGAAACUCCAGGAGCUCUAUUUGCAGAACAAUCUGCUGACGUACAUCGACAACGGCACGUUUCUGCCGUUGCGUCAGCUGGAGGUUCUACGUUUGGAGAACAAUCGGCUCGGCACAUUCGCCCUCUGGCAAUUGGGCCAGAAUCCUUAUCUCGUCGACAUCGGUCUCUCCAGCAAUCCCUGGAGCUGCGAGUGUUCCUAUCUGGAUCUCGUGCGGGAGUGGAUGGCCCGUAACCGGGCGAAGAUCAACGACUGGCAGAGCGUCACCUGUUCCCUCGGCGUGCCCAUAACUCUCCCGACGAACGGAUCGGUCAUAAAUUGCGCGGCAUUAACGGGCACGACCUCCGUCGUCGAGACACGUCCGCUCGAGGCUUAUCUGCCCCUACUGCUCGCCACGAUCGUCCUGAUCUUCGCGACUGUGGCGUUGGUCUGCGGCGCUUUCCGGCAUCGUCGCACUCUCAGGACAUGGGCAGCUAGCAGGUGCGGUCUGAGGGCCUGCUACAAGACCGCCGCGUUCGAGGAUCAGGAGAAGCCAUUCGACGCCUACAUCUCGUACUCGGCCGUCGACGAGGCCUUCGUCUCAACAAUCCUCGUGCCGGGUCUCGAGACCUCUUACAGGCUGUGUCUGCACUAUCGCGACCUCGGGGCCGGCAGCAACGUCGCGGACGCCGUGGCCGAGGCCGCGGAUUCUUCGAGGCGCACCAUCCUCGUGCUAUCCAAGAACUUUCUCCACGGCGAAUGGUCCAGAUUCGAGUUCAAGGCGGCCCUGAGAGACGCUCUCAAAGGUAAGGGCCGCUCGGUGAUUUUGCUACUGGUGGGCGGUGUGUGCCCGCGGGACCUUGACGCCGAUCUCAAGAAGAGGAUCUCCUCGCACACUGUAUUGGUGUGGGGGGACAAGUUGUUCUGGCAGAAGCUGAGGUUCGCCAUGCCGGAUGUGUCGCCCGUUCCUGUCCUGGAGAGACCACUGCCACUUCCGCCGCCCCCCGCCACCCCCCAUGCAUCAUCAAUGGACGUAGAGCUGCCCUUAUUUAGAUGUGUGAACCAUUCCCAAAAGUAUUAUUGAAUCGCGUUACGUAAGGAGUGACCGGAAAUCGCAACGAGGAAAGGACUCCUGACUGUCGCGACUUUUCUCUCUCUACUUAUUAUCAGAAGCAUUUCUUACUAUUGCAAUUGUACCCGUAACCACGGUGUCCGAAUAAAAUAAGCGGUUAUUCGUAUUUUUGAGAAUCGUGAUAGCUUCGUAGUGUGCGAAUGUAAUUAUAGCGCGAGAAACCGAAAAAAAAAAAAAAUAAAAAGGUAAAAACCUUGAAGCAUACUACCGUGUAACUCGUAUUGCAACGAAACGUAACGUUUUUUCCUCUUUCUAACUCGAGACGAUAUAGAGUUUAAUCGAUGAUCGAUUUAUUAUAAAAGUUCUUCGAGAUAUAUUUAAAAAAAGUUCUCUUGUUUCAAUCGAAAAAAAAAGAGAUCGAUGUACAUAUAGCGAGAGUUUUGUAUAUUUGUAAAAUAGAUAGGGCAUUUUAUUAUUAUUAUAUAUA